AUGAUGAAUAUUAGAUUUACAAUCAUUACCAUUAUUCUUGGUAUUGUAUUGUUGAUGUCGGCCACAACAAAUAAUGUGGACGCAUUCGGAAUACCUUAUAAUUACAACUUUGAUGACUUUGAAGGUGCAAGUGUCGCAGUGUCAUGGGUAAAUGUAGUACUGCGUUCAAUCUCAGUGGCCACCAACAGACCAGCGCCACCACACAUUGCCAGAAUAUUGUCAAUGUUCUCUACAGCCAUGUACGACAGCUGGGCCUACUAUGACAUCUUUGCUCGUGGUGUCUACUUGGACAACCCCCGCCACGGCCGUAUCAAGGCCUCCCAAAAGGACAUCGAGACUGCCGUCUCCUUUGCCGCGUACCGUGUGAUGGUCGACCUGAUGCCCGCCGCCAAGCCCAUGUACGACGCCAAGAUGUUGGAGCUCAACUUGAACAUCAGUAUCACAACGACCAACCCCAACACCCCAGCUGGCGUUGGAAAUCUUGCCGCCAGUCUUUUGCAACAGGACAGAUGGUUCGAUGGAGCCAACCAGAAGGGUGACAUGCCAGGCUCACGUGUUGCCGGAGGAAACUACUCUGACUACACUAACUACGCCCCACGCAACGACCCAUACCCAGCCCGCAUGAGAAUGCCAGACAACUGGCAGCCACUCAAUGUGCCAGUCGCCGGCACCAACACCACCGCUGUCCAAGCUGCUGCCGCUCCACACUGGGGCAUGGUCAAGCCAUUCUCCCUGUUCAACGGCGCUGAGUUGAGACCAAAGACCGGCCCAAUGUUGUACUCCAACGCCGCCAUGCGUCCAACACUCCUUGCUCAAGCCCAGGAGCUCAUCAACUACACCAUCAACAUGACUGAUGAACAAAAGGUCAUUGCUGAGUACUUUGCCGACGGUCCCCAGAGUGUGUUGCCACCAGGUCAUUGGUUCCUAUUCUCAAUAUACGUCAGUGAGCGUGAUCAGAACAACUUGCGUGAUGAUAUCAAGAUGUUCUUCAUGCUUGGCAAUGCUGUCCAUGAUGCAGCCAUUGCCUGUUGGGACACCAAGCGUUUCUAUGACAACAGUCGUCCUGCCACUUUGAUCCCAUUCCUGUUUGCUGGACAGAAUGUCACGGGAUGGCACGGAAUCUGCAGCCGCAACGUCACCUACGACCUUGUCUCAUGGGUGCCCUACCAGAGCCCCAACGUCUGGACCCCACCCUUCCAAGAGUUCAACAGUGGCCACUCAACCUUCAGCGCUGCUUCUGCUGAGAUCCUUAAGCGCUUCACUGGUUCUGAUGCCUUUGGCCUCAACGAUACUGUUCCAGCUGGCUGGAGCAAGUUCGAGGGCUUUGGUGUGUGUGCACAUGUUGUGCCUGCCACCAACAUCACUCUUUCAUGGCCAACAUUCACAGCUGCUGCCGACAUGGCUGGAAUGUCUCGUCGUUACGGUGGUAUUCACUUUGAGUCUGGUGACUUGACUGGUCGUGCCCUUGGCAGACAAGUUGGUGAGAAGGUCUGGUUGCGCUCACAACUCCUCUUCAAUGGAUUUGAUCCAGACUUCUUUGGUGGUGGACAUGGAAAUGGAAAUAAUAACAAUUAU